AUGUACAUUACUGGCAACGAGGUCGGAUCGGGGGUACACUUUAUCCUCGAAUCUCCCAUUGUCCUCGGCCAUGAAAGCUCCGGCGUGAUCGAGGAAGUAGGAUCAGCCGUGAAGAAUCUGAAGGUUGGACAGAAAGUUGCGAUUGAGCCAGGUGUGCCAUGCAGACAUUGCGACUACUGCCGUAGCGGCUCUUACAAUCUCUGUCCCGACACCGUCUUCGCUGCCACCCCGCCGCACGAUGGAACACUGUCAAAAUACUACAUCACCCAGUCAGACUACUGCUAUCCCCUUCCAGACCACAUGGACCUCGAGGAGGGCGCCAUGGUAGAACCCGUGGCCGUAGCAGUGCAAAUCACGAAAGUCGGGAACGUCCGUCCGAACCAGAACAUCGUUGUUUUCGGCUGUGGGCCGAUCGGACUUCUAUGCCAGGCCGUCAGUAAGGCGUACGCUGCGCGAAAGGUCAUCGGUAUAGACAUCAGCCAGUCACGGCUGGACUUUGCCAAGUCCUUUGGUGCGGACGGAGUGUUUCUCCCACCGGCAAAGCCGGAAGGUGUCGAUGAAUCGGAAUGGAGUGCGCGGGUUGCAAAGAUGAUCAAGGAGCAGUUCGAGCUUGGUGAGGGUCCUGACGUUGUUAUCGAGGCGACAGGUGCACAGGCGUGUAUUCAGACUGGGGUACACUUGACCAAGAAGGGGGGCACAUAUGUUCAGGCUGGUAUGGGGAAAGAGAAUGUGGUGUUUCCUAUCACUACUGCCUGUAUUCGUGAUCUCACCAUUCGUGGAUCCAUCCGCUACACCACUGGAUGUUAUCCGACUGCGGUUGACUUGGUAGCUAGUGGGAAGAUCGAUGUGAAACGUCUUAUUACUGAUCGGUACGAUUUCGAAAAGGCAGAAGACGCGUUUGAGCUAGUACGACAGGGGAAAGAGAAGGUGAUCAAGGUGAUUAUCCAUGGAUAUCGAGAAUAG